AUGGCGACCCCCUUUCAGACUGAGGCCUGGACAGAAUAUGGGCUCGGUGUCUUGGUUAUUCUUCUUCGUAUCUUUGCUCGAUGGAAAAUCGUGGGCUUCAACUGGCAAGGUGACGACUACUUUGCUAUCUUGUGCUUGAUAUUCUGGACUCUGGAGCUUUGCAUGUUGGAGCUUAUAGGCCAGAAUGGAACCAACAUCGGAAUCACGAACGAUAUCGGCGCGACGUUGACGUCGGAGGAAAUAGCCAGGUUUGAGUUUGGUUCUAAGUGUCUGCUGGCAGGCUGGAACUUUUAUGUAACUCUCAUUUGGUGUCUCAAAGCUUGCAUUUUGUUCUUCUUCAGUCGCAUCACGCUUGCUACACGACAACAAAAGAUUGUCAAGUGGACAGCCGUAGCGACAGGACUAGGCUAUGUUGGCGUCAUAGCUGUCAUUUGGGGCCACUGUACACCUGUGCAAAGAAAUUGGCAGGUGGUGCCUUAUCCAGGAGAUGAAUGUACCUUGGCCGUUGCGAACUACCUGAGCCUUGUGGUUCUCAACAUUUCAACGGAUUUCCUCAUUGUCUCGAUACCACUUCCACUCUUGUGGGCUGUCAAGCUCAGCAUCAAGCGAAAGCUUGCUAUAGGGCUUCUACUUUGCUCAGGUGUCUUCGUCAUGAUCGCCGCAUUGCUCCGCUGCAUCCUAUCACUCAAGGAUAUCGAAGGCAUCAAUGUCAGCACUAUUUGGGCAAUCAGAGAGACUUUUGUUGGAAUUAUCGCUGUGAACGCAGCCUGCAUCAGACCACUCUUUUCUUCUUCACAUUGGUUAAGGUCUACCAAGGGCAGCAGUGGAGCCAACCAAAAGUAUCCCGGCUCAGGUGACAGAUAUGGUCAUCAGUUAGUCACCAUAGGAGGUGGAGGUCAGAGUGCAGAUCGAUCUGGAUUGUCCGCGAAGAGACGGUAUAACAAGUACAACAUGACGGAGCUAGACAACAACUCCAGCGAAGAGCAGAUUGUCCAGCCGUCCGACUCAACCAACUGGCCUCAAAAUGGUGGCCGCGAUGGUAGUCUCACUAGCAAAUCUAGCGGGCAGCACGGAGGCAUCGUUGUCACAACGACGUAUGAGGUGAAGCCUGAAAACAAAGUCUGA